CUGACGGCACACAUCACAAAGUCACCGAGGCUUCAGGCUGCCGGGCAUUUCUGAGCUUGUGUGUGUGUGUGUGUGUGUGUGUGUAUGUGUGGGCUUGUUUUUCUUCCCACUUGGCUCCUGGUUCGUGUGUGAGGUUCGGGAAGGUGCCUGGGCGCACAUCCACCGGUACAUGCAGCAGUUUUUUUCUCUGGAGAACCUGCCUCGGAUCUUAAGGAGAUCAGUCGACAAUCAACGCAAACUCAUCUGAAGUCGGGAUUUCAGAAGAGGAGGAAAAGCUUGAGAAGCCUUUGGAUCAAAAAAAAAAAGAAAAGAAAAAUAAAAGAAAGCAAAUAAAAAUCAGAGACUGAAGCGACCUGCCUGAAUAAUAAUAAUAAUAAUCCAACACAAUCUAAUUCUGUAUAGAUAUUUAUUUCAUUAAAAACAAACAUUGUGAUUUAAUUUAAUUAAAAAACUCCGUGGUUGAAAGAGUUUCGCGAUAUCAGCGCAAGAGCAAGAGAAGGCCAGGAUGAGCAAAGCUGCCAGUUCAACAAGUGGCUGUUUGGAUAUUUUAAACGUCAAAUCCAGUCGGAUUCUGGAUAUCCCGUGCAAAGUGUGUGGAGACCGAAGUUCAGGGAAACACUACGGAGUUUAUGCAUGUGAUGGAUGCUCCGGAUUCUUCAAAAGGAGCAUACGGAGAAACAGAACGUAUGUCUGCAAAUCCGGCACUCAGGGAGGCUGCCCAGUGGAUAAGACGCACAGGAACCAGUGUCGCGCCUGUCGCUUGAAGAAGUGCCUGGAAGUGAACAUGAAUAAAGACGCCGUGCAGCACGAGCGAGGCCCAAGGACGUCGACCAUCCGCAAGCAAGUGGCGCUUUACUUUCGGGGCCACAAGGAAGUGAACGGAUCUUCGUCGCACUUUCCCAGCACGUCCAUCCCGGGGCUGCACUUCUUCACCACGGUCACUCAGCUCGAGACCCACAGUCUGGAAUUAAACACGCUCCCAAGCACACCAGAGCGCCAGGGCAUGGUGGGGCUCGCGCAGCCCACUCCUAAAUAUCCACAUGAAGUCAGUGGCACGCCCAUGUAUCUGUACGAAGUGGCCACGGAGUCCGUGUGCGAAUCGGCCGCGCGCCUCCUGUUCAUGAGCAUCAAAUGGGCCAAGAGCGUGCCAGCUUUCUCCACACUCCCUUUACAAGAUCAGUUGAUCCUGUUAGAAGACGCCUGGAGAGAGCUGUUUGUUCUGGGUGUAGCUCAGUGGUCCAUCCCAGUGGACUCAAACACUCUGCUUGCUGUUUCAGGGAUGACCACAGAAAACACGGAGUCCCAGAGGCUAAACAAAGUGGUGUCAGAGAUCCAGGCUCUUCAGGAAGUGGUGACGCGUUUCCGGCAGCUGCGACUGGACGCGACGGAAUUCGCGUGCCUGAAGUGCAUCGUUACCUUUAAAGCUGUUCCCACGCACAGUGGCGCCGAACUGAGGAGUUUCCGGAACGCCAGCGGAAUCGCAGCACUCCAGGACGAGGCACAGCUCACACUCAACAGCUACAUCCACACCAGGUACCCGACUCAGCCGUGCCGCUUCGGCAAGCUGCUGCUGCUUUUGCCUGCGCUGCGUUCAGUCAGCGCUUCCACGAUCGAAGAAGUGUUCUUCAGGAAGACCAUCGGAAACGUGCCCAUCACACGGCUUCUCUCCGACAUGUACAAAUCGAGCGACAUUUAAGCUCCAAUCUCUUCCACCCGAGAAGACUCUGGGAAAGCGACAGACUGUAGAAUAACAGACGUGACGUUGACAUAGGAGAGAGAGAAGGAAAAGGAAAAGAUCCAAGACACCAUAUCUCCAGCGUGAAGAAAAGCAGGAGAAACUCUGAACUGUAAAGACUGGAGGCUGAACAAGUUCUGUUCAGUGUCUCGAGAGAGAAAAAAAAGUUACACUGUGGACUAAAGGAUACCUUCGUGACUAAUUUUCAUCUAAAUCUUUUUUUAAUCUACUUAUUGAGAUAACCUUCUUGAUUUAUUUGUCCCCAAAAAUUGUACACAAAAGAGGGUUUUUUUUUCUUCUUUAAGUUAUGUGGGUGGACUCGGAGAUAUGUACAAUCACAUACUCAUCCUUACAGUCUCUAGAGGACCAAUGAGCUUUUCUACCAAGGUUUAAUUUUUUUGUCUGUUUUUUUUUGGUUUCAGUUUUGUCGUUGUGUCUGAAAGCUAUGGCAGAAACCAAAAAAAAGAUUUUAAAAGAGAAAGAGAGAGGGAGGGAUAGAGGGAUAGAUAGGUAGAUAGAAAGAGAAAGAGACUGAAUCCCAAAUGGCUUGGCAGACAUCUUGAAGGAGUUGGGGUCUGUGUCUGAUGCACCUGAAGUGAGAUAUGAGGCAGGUGAUGUGGAUUAGGAGAAGUUCCUUUGCUGGAAAACCAAAGGCUCUUGCAUCUAAACUCAUCAUGAACAUGACUCACGGGGAAGCAGGGACGAGAGAAAACACUACUUCUCUUUUCCAGUCCAAUCAUUAAGGUCAAGAAAGGAAAAAUAAAAGAUGUACAAAAAUAUCUAUAAAAGUUCUGAGAAUCUGUCUAUCUGUCUAUCUGUCUAUCUAUCUGUCUAUCUAUCUAUCUAUCUAUCUAUCUAUCUAUCUAUCUAUCUAUCUAUCUAUCUAUCUAAAUAAAGACCUCUGAUCUCCUCAGCUCUGUAAUCGGAUUAGCUUUUCAGAUCAAAACAACUUCCCGGAUGAAUAAACGUAAGCUUUCAUUUCGCUCAUCCCUACUAAAUAGUGCACUACUCUCUCCUCCCUGCUCCUCCACCUGCACCUGGAUGAUGUGAUUUGAACAUUAAAGCCACAUCCUGACCUUUAUAUGCUGCACCGUUGUCCAGCUUGGGAUGGAGCUGCAGCGUGACCCCACUCUUCCGUGACGUUUUAAAAAAACGGUCCUGCCGUUUUCUGAUUUUUGUUUUGUUUUCCUCCACAGGCUAUGGUCAUUUUGAGUAGUUACUAACACACGUCCAGAAAAACAUGUUCAGCACUUGUAUUAUUUUUUGUAGUUUGUAAAUAUAUUCCUUGUUGUAAAAAGUAAUAAUUUUGUGAAAAGUUGUCUAAAUAUUAGAAUAAAUAUUGAAUAUUAAUCUGUCGCCUCGCAACACUUUGUUAAAUCUUUAACCCUGAUUUCCGAAUCCUGUAAUCGGCGUAUUUUUGCGAUCGGGUUGAGUCCGGUGUACUCGAUCUUUUCGCGGUGAAAGAUCCACAUCCCCCCGCCUGUAAGC